UUUUACGUCCAUGCUGCUGAAACGGUGAAGCUGUACCACCAAAAAGCACACCGAGUAACAACUCCUAGUUUAAACCACCGCGACCAUGUUCAAGCUGGAAGGAUUGGGGCCGAAGAUGGACCCAGAGGAGAUGAAGAAGAAGAUGAGGCAGGAUGUCAUCAGCUCUUUACGAAAUUUCCUCAUUUACGUCGCUCUGCUCAGAGCCACUCCAUAUGUGCUGAAGAAGCUGGACAGUAUAUGAGUGGGGCAGCUGACGUCAUCUUUCCUCCAUCCACUGAGAGUUUUCUACAUCAGAAACAGUAUGGACCGACAUCUGCAGACAGCUGGAGCCAUCACAACGCAUGGUGUGGACGAAGACCAGUGUCCGUCCAUCUCUACAACUAAGAAAACAUUCACUUAUUUUCACUGAUAGUUCUGCUGUAAACAUUAGUUUGCCUUUUUUGUGAUCAUUGUUAAAUACAAAGUGUUAUAAUGUG